GACUUUAUUUACAGUUGGCUUAGGAUCUCGCGAAUAUGUAUGGUGCAGUUUUUCGUGCGACGAUAAGCCGUGAAUUUCCAUUUUGCGAGCAAUGUGGGAACUCUAGUCAUUCCUUAGUCUAUAAUGCCUUUGUUCAAGAAACUGUUUUUUACUAGAAACGAACCUAAUAAAUCUGUGGAAACUAGUCUACUACCCAACAACGGAGCCAACGAUAGAAAGGCUGUUGCUUUUCAAUCUGAUCAGAUCAGGGUAUUAUUGUUUCAUGAAUGUGAACGCAGAGGUGAGUGUAAACUCCUGUUUGAUUCAAUAGCUGUUGAAAAGUUUCCAGUCAAAACUAGAUGUGAAGAUUUGAAGGGUGUAGUAGAGCAGAAAGAUGAUGUUUACAUCGAGAUCGAUAACGAAUUUAUUUACGAGUACAAACGAGUUGAACGAGAUGAUGUAAAACUGUUGAAAGACAUGGUAUUUGGAAAUGUUGCCAUGACUUACAGAGGACCUUCUUUCAAGAUACAUGUAAUGGAUGCUCCACGACGUAUAAUGUGUACGAAGGUGUUCCCUGCCUCAGAGCAAUCUUUGCGUCAACAUAGUGAAAGGCAUUCAUCGGAGGCACUGGUAAAUUCUAUGACGAUGGAUGGCAAUUCCAGUAAUGGGAGCAUGCUGGCCGUCGGUAAACCAAUGAUUGUUCCUCAGAUUCAGAUUAAUCACGUAUCCCAUACAAAUCUUGCGAAUUCUUAUGGCAAUCGGCUAAGUCCGGAGCUUAGGAAAAAUUCUACCAGUUCCAGUACCGGUAGUAGCUGGGAUCUUGAUAUUCCAUUCGCACCACCAGCUCGCGACAGCUUACAAUUGCUAGAAAGUAGUAGUAGCUCAUCAGGGGUUGGCAGCUUAUCCAGUCUCCGACGGAGAUGGCUUCGCACCCUCUCUACAUCCUUGAACCGUUCCGAAUCUGAAGAUCUCUAUGGGGCUCAAUACUUUUCCACCGACGGUUCUCAUGAUAGUUCUGAACAUCAGACACGGCGACAAAAAACUAGAAUAGGCCUAGCAGUUUUAUUGGAAUUGACAGAAGGCCAUGAGCGCCGAAUGGAGGCUCGGUUGUUGGAGCAUGUAGCAUUACUGGAGGGUAUGCUAGAUCGUUUACGGCGUUCCUGUAGCAAAGGUAGUCAUAAUAAAAGCAGAGGAUUUGUUGUACGAAUGCACCAAGCAUCAUUGCAUUGUACUCUAUGGUUACUGCGGCUAUUUAUGGAUACUGCAAAUCUGCCGACUCCGCUGUUAUGGCAUAACAUUCUAUUGACACCCAAUACCUCAGGAGAGCUUAAAGUUCAUACGUUACAACGUAGCCUUCAAUUGAUGUGCAGGCUACUGGAUGACGUUGACACCAAAUCAACGAAUUUUUUCCUUAGCACCCUAGUCACAGCCGUGUUGACUCACCACCUAGGUUGGGUACACACUGUGUUAUCCUCUAGUGAUCGUCAAUUGGUCGAGUCAUUGGCCAAACGAUAUUCGUACAAUCCUCUUUGGGCUCAACUUUGCGACUUAUAUGGAGCUCUGGGUACACCCUUACGAGUUGCUCAUACAGUGAUUGUUGGUGAGACAGAAAAGACAGACUUAAUAAAUACAGUGUUGACAUUUUUGUCCUACUUCAUACGCAGUAGUAAUAUCGAGCGGAGAAGAGAACGACGGAGUUCACCUGAACGAGAAUUGCAGCAGGCUGUGACAUUGUUAAAAGAAGCAGAAGCAAGGCGUCCUGCUAGUUUGAGAAGCAAACGUGGAUCAAUUCACAAUGUGAAUGACUCGGCUGAGCCCAAUUUCACACGGCAAAUGAAUGCAGCUUCUUCGAUGUACCGAAAUGUUGCUAAAGAACGAUUCGAAUCCCCAAGCCAUGACUCUCUUAGUCGGACCCCACGGAUGGCAGACUUCAGUCGAAAUAUUGAGACAAAAGCAUCAAAACUAAAAAGAAGUGAUACGACUUUACAAAAUCUUAGUGCUAUAACACUAGGUUCUGAUAAAACGUGUGUUGACUCUAGCGUGAAGUACAAAUCUUUUUAUGAUAACGAGUGUGAAAAGUCGGCUGCUCUAGAUGCAGACUGUAUGGAGAAGGAUCAGAAUUCAAAUUCAGUCAAAAUAGUUGUGAGCGAAACCUUGCCCCUGGAGCCUCAAAAGAGGAGAGAAUAUCUGCAGAGAAGCGCACCUCUUCAAGAAUUGGAGAAUAAAAUUAAUUACGGAGAUUUUGAGGAAGCAUAUCUUGAUGCCAAAUUGGAGUCGUUGGAGAGAUAUCGAAAAAAUGACUUUGAUGCAAACAAAUUGUGUUCCAAUGGAAUUGACAGUGUUGAUUCAACUGUAUUGGAAGUGAAACAGGAAAACUGCCAAAAGGAACAGAAUGUGUCAUUCGUUCUUGGAGGUGAAGAAAAAUCAAUUGAAUCCAAGCUGCGUUCCCAAGAAAAGUGUUACUGCCAGUGCGCGUUUUCGUUUACGAGAGUACCCAGCACUUCUGCACAACUUUCAGAAGGAGUUUUACGGAAAAUUAUUCAAAGAAACUUUCCUGAGUCAUCGAAAAGCAUCAAAGCAAAUACUUCUUCUGCUAAAGAAAGAUCUACCAGCUUCUGUCCAAAUUGUUUUGGUGAGAGUUUUACCUCUCCGCAUACAUAUGACAAUAACAGCCUUCUUCUUGAGACUCCAACUAACGCUACUGAGGUUCUUCGAAUAUGCAGUAGUGCCAGUGCUGUCAAUAAUCGCGGAGUCAGAAUGAAUCGACGGAAUAGUUUAGAGUAUUUGAUGGAAGCGAAUGGGGUUGUGGAACUUCCCAUGCCCAGGUCAAAAAAAAUCGUUCCUAACAGUAGUAAAGAAGUCGAUCCACGAGCAGGAUUUUCCGGCUCCCUUCAAUUUGGAGAAGUUUGUUGCAUCGAUACCAUGAAAAAAAGUGAUCCAAGUAGUACAGGGUAUACGUGGGGUGUCGUGGCGCAAGGAUUAGCCAAGAGAAAAAAGAAGAAACGGAGGAAAAAAAGCGCAGAUGAUGGAAAGGAGAGUGAAGAUGAAUGGUUGAGCUGCGUUCGUGACGAAGUUGAAGCCGCUGUUCAUUCCUCUGUAGUUGAUCAGCCCAUUGCUGAGGCACUUUGCAUCGUAGCGGAUGUAGAUAGUUGGCAAGUUGGCGUUCUCUCCAAUAAUACGCCGCUCUCUAAAGCUCCUCUAGCGGUCGGCAUGUCUCGUCUCGUUGCAAACAUGCUUGAGGCCUUUGCGUAUGUUUGGCGGAAAUAUCACUCGCCUGUGCAUUGCAUCGGAGUUUUGGAGGGAAAACUCAGAGAAAUGUGGCUUCGAAGUGAGGCGCUGGCAGAGAUGCUGAUGGGUGCAGAGUUGGAGGACGUUAGCGUCGAUUCCUUGACUGAUGCUCUCGAUCUUGACGCAGCUGACAUACCUGUACUCUUAGCUGUGGCUGCUACUCAUUCUCCGAUUGUUGCCCGGCGAUUUGGGCUAAGUUUGGCUUAGUCGUGUGAUGAGGAAAGUCCCCUCGAUAUAUUCCAUCGCUAUGCUCGACCAGUACCUUUCUUUCCGUCAUAUUGUAAUUUGUAUAUUUCACCCACACCUGUAUAUAGUUUCAAACCCCGAUACCCGAGAGCCAAGUAUGAUAAAGAUGAAAAUAAUUGUAAUAAUAAUUUAAUACGCCUGAUAUACCGACGAUAUAAAUAUUUAUCGUUUAUUUUCUUCUUUACGUCACAAUGUAUUACAUGAUAGGUCUAUUAUUAUGUGUAAUUAUUUAAUGUAAUAAAUAACUGUAAUUUUUUUCUAAUUCCC